ACAUUGGCCCGUAAUGCCCACGUUUCACCGUUUCUUUCUCCCCUCAAAACGCUGCGUUUUUAGUUCAUCGUGAAUACGCACAAGAACAAUUUCAAAUUGAAAUUCUAACGAGCUGCUUUCACUUGGACUUGAAAGCAUAUAGCAGCGCAUCUCAUCUCAUCCGAGUAAUCUCAGGCGACCUAGAGCCAACUCCGGCGACGGCGGCAUUGGACCGGUACUUCUAGAAACGCUUGAACCCUAGCCUCUAUUUGUCGAGAAGAAGGAGAUCUCUCAUUUUCCGAGGGAAGUUUGUGAGCCGUACUCUGUGGGGAUUCUCUUUUUAUUGAUGUUCAAAGCUUCUAUUUUGACAAAAAAAUCUUGUGAAUCAUUCACCUGAACCGUGAAGAAGCUCUCCAAACCGUGAAGUUGAAUUUUCGAAUUUCUUUUUCAACUUUCAGCAAAAUGUUUUCUGAAAUUAUUUUGUUCAAUUUUUGCAUAGAAAUUGCUGUUUCUUGAGGUUUCUAUAUAUUUUUUCUGAAAUUCUUCCACAGUAUACAUUUAUUUCUUUUGAGAUCUAACAAUUUGAUAGAUUAAACUGAUAUUUCUUUUGGCAUCAAUGUGAAUCUCUUUCACACUUUUAAAUGUGUAUGUUGCUUCAGGUGUUAAGCUAAGGCUCAUCAGUGGAUGUCUUUUUAUUGCAUGUCUCUUUUACAAAGAGAAAUUCCAUCUAACAGUAGCAGUCUGGGUUAGGAUUUCAUGAUGCAACAUUUGUCAUUUUAAAUGGCAAAACGAAGGGUUAAGAAGACUGUAAAGCAGUCUGCCGCAUCAUCUCAGAGCAACAUAAAUGAUGCUAAUGCAAAGGAACCCCAACUUGAAAAGAGAAAAGACUCAUUGAUUGACCAAGAAGGUAUGUUUUCAUAUCUGUUUGUUCUUCUUUUCUUUUGUUCACAAGCUUGUUUAGCAUAUACCUCCAUGUUCUUUUUAUUUGUUAUUAUUUUUUGAGCAAUUGUGAGUAUAUUGAAAUCCAAAAAACGCAGGGUUAAGUGGUUAAACCCCAUGAAUAAGCAAGUUAGCCAAACUGGAGAGAAGAAAAAACUGUACAAAAAAUAAAAACAGUGAAGACAGAUAUCCUCUGAUAAUUGUCCUUUCAUGAAUGUCUAUGCAAGCAAUUAUUUUCCAUAACAUCUACAGUUUAAGAGAAGUGAACUCUGUGCUAGUGAUUAUGCUCAUUAAAAUCAACUAAAGGACAAAGGGACUUAGUUUCAGUUAAGGAGGCUCCUACAAUAUGCUAGUACUUGUGUGACCAACUCAAAUUCUGCGGUGGACAGUUUUGACCAACAACCUAACUAGAGUGGAAAGCAAUUAGUAAACACCAUAGCUCUUGGGCUACCAAAUUGUAGCAGAUGACUGAUUUGUGUCUUCCCUACCACAUAUGGUGCUUUGACAUAAACUGACCUUUGUUUCUGAGUCAUCACUAGUUAAAAUAUGUUUGAGUUGCUAACCAGGCAAAGAAAAGCUACUUUUGAAUUGGUAGGCUGUGCUCCAAAUCUUCUUUCAAGGUGAAACCAUUUUCUCCAAUUGAAAAGGUGCAAAAAGGCUUUUUGCUUAAAACCUCAAAACCCUAUUAUAUUUUCACAACAAGCCAUCUGCCCUUGAGGCAUAACUUAGGUGGCAGGGGAUUUGGGUGGGUGAGGGACGGUUCCAUCUUUGAUCCCUGAAGUAGUAAUGGCUUCUGUUUCAAUGUUGUAUUUUUUCUCCCAGACCUCAGGCUUGAAUCCAUCUUCUCCCACUAAAGCUUGUAGCUUCCUUCUCAAUGUGAUGCUGUAGAAAAACAUAUAUAGAGGCUAAUUACCACACCAAAGUCUUCUUUUUUUAAAAAAAAAACGAUGGGAGAGAGUGAGAGAGAGGGCAAGAGAGAGAGAGGGGGCGUGAGGGAGAGUGAAAGCGCGUGCGACGACGACGACGAUGAGACCGGCGAGGCGAGUCGAAAGCGAAGCUUCACGGUGGAAUCCAAGACUUUCGAGCUUGCCCUGGAUGAAAGGAAAGGAAGAUGUCAGAUUCUCAUCGUGGAGAAGAAGCGGGGGGUCUCGACAUGGGUUCGAUUAGGGCUGGAAAGCUUAGGGCUUUUCAAGGAGGGGCUAAUCCAUUGUAUACGAGAUGAAAAAGAAGGGAGAUGGGAAAAGGAGUGGAGAGAAAGAGGCAAGCGGUUCACUUUGGCUCGGGGUUUCAAUAGAGCGGGUGGCUUUUUAAGGUUGGGGGUUGUGGAUCUGGAACGAAAAAUUUUCUGCAUCUUCUUACCGAGAGGUAGGAGGAACAAAAGAGGAUGGACGGCUAUGGCGGAGAUGAUUCGCCAAAUGGAAGAGCUGGCUGGUAGAAGAAUGGAGUUGCAGGAAGUAAGGGCCAACGGAAAAACUACUCCGGCGAAAUCAUACGCAGAAGCAGUCAUGAGUACAAAUCGAAAAGGCACAACUGCAAUCAAGAUGAAGGUCUCGAGGGAGGAGAUGGUUGGAAACUUACAGAAAUUGGAACACUGUCUCGUCGCGAGCUGGAAGUCCAACAAAAAGGAAGAAAAAGAUUUGGAGAGGCUGGGAAGUCUUUGGGCGAGUUCUUGGGACUUAAAAGGCAAACUAGGGCUGGCCAAGUUGGAACGAGGUAGGGCUUUGUUGGAGUUUGAAGAUAUAAGAGAGGCUCACUGUGUGGUCUCAUCGAGGAGCAGAGUGAUGGGAGGAGUCCAUUUAGGGUUGGAUCUCUGGAACCCAAAGACGGGUUGUUGGGUAGAGGAGGAGAUGGUACAGGAAGCAUGGGUUAAAAUUUUCGGUCUGCCAAUUUUGUUAUGGAGCCCGAUGAUUGUGAAGAAAAUAGGGGAGGCAUGUGGGGGAUUUGUUGAAAUUGACGAGCGGACAAGGUCGAUGGGGGAGAUUCAAUGGGCUAGGAUACUGGUCAAAAUAAGAGGUGAAUUUAGACCGAGUAUGCUUGAAAUUGAGGUAAAGGAGGAGAUUUACACUUUGGCGCUGUGGUGGGAGAUUAGGCCGGUGGUGAGACGGAUUUUCUCUGAGGCGGAAAUCAGAAGGAGAAUCGAGGUCAGGGGUGACACGUACUCACGCACGGAGAAGCGCGUGGGGAAGGAACUGAUAGAAGCGAGAACCGAGGGACUGCACCUGCCAGAUGAUGGGAGGUUUCUGCAGGAGAAUGGGCCGGGCUUAGAGCCUGGGAACCAGAUCCAUGGCCCGAUGCCCCGGGACUGGGCCUAUUCUGAUGGAAAAAUGGCUGGGUCGUCCUCAUAUGGCCCAACUAUGGGCUUUAAAGAGCAGGAGAAGGAUGGUGGGGGGCCUUUGGGCCGAAAGUUAAAAGAUAAAACAAAGGUGGUUGGUGAAUUAGAGGCAGGCCCAUCGUCUAGUAAUUGGGCUGUUGAACUGGGCUGCCAUUCUUUUGUGGAGAUGGAAGGUUUGGAAAGGGAUGGCCCAAUUGCUACCCAAGAGAAGGCUGGUUUCUUGGGCCGUUUUAUCUCCAGAAAAAGACCCACUCCAGAGGAUCCUUUGACGAGCUGGGUGCCAGAGGAGAUUAGAAGGGAACAGAGGGAUGAUGGCUUCUCCAUGACUGACCGUGCGCUUGAAGAAGAAGAUAAGAGGUAUGUCUUGCAUUCCCAUCCUAAAGGAAAUCGGGUUAUGGAGACAUUUCUUUCUCUCUCUUCUAAUUCUGAUCGGGCUCCAGAGGGGGAGUCUUUCGAUCGCCCAGGGGGAAUAGAGGAGGAAUUAUGGGGGGACAAGUCAACUUGGUUAACAAUCUAUGAGGGGAAUGUUGAGAAUGAGUAUGGAUCCUGGAAGUUGGGAGAGGCCAACAAAAACAGAGACAAGGUUAGGGGCAAGGAGGGGAAUGCUGGUGCCUCAGGAUCUCAAGACACCGAAAAUGAGAAAGAGGAACUAUGGGAGGAGUGUAGCUUAGCAAAAUUUAGCCAAUUUCUAGGUUUCUCUACGGAGGGGCUAGAAAGGGAGAUAUUGAAUUUUCUGACUAAAAUCAGAAAGAGGAGGGAAAAGAUUCACAACAAAGAACUCCUGGAGAAGACCAAAUUUGAAAGGGAACUAAAGAGGCUGGAAUGCUCUGUUAAUUAUGAGGGAGGGAAUAAGCAGAAAGGUCCCUCAUAGGGCAA